AUGCCCGAUCCUCAACAGCUCCCCCGUUCCCACCCCCAAGGUGCGAUAACGGGUGGCGACCCGAAUGCAGGCGAUAUCGUUGGCGACACGAUUAACAACCAGUUAUCCGGUAGCACAUCGCAGCCUGUGGCUGCGACCGUCUCUUCCACAGAACCGUUCUUUUCAUUUUCUCGACAACCAAAGCGCAAGCGUCCGUUAUCGCCGGCUCCCCUGCAGUCCUUGGCCUCAUCGGGUGAAAAUGAACACUCUCAGACUAACACGGCAGGAGGACGAGCAAGUAGAAGACGAUCAAGGGCAACGGAGGUAUCUGGACCCGCUGAAUUCGUUGAGGAUCACGAGGGCAAUAACCCCACCUCCAGUGAUAUUCAUAACCAGAAUACGCACGAUUCCUCAUCAUCUUCGGCAAAUAGUAGUCCGCCCCAACCACAUGAGGACCCAGGGUUCGGGAUGGUCAGCUCCAUGCCGUUGGAGCUCUUGCGGCAGCAGUUCACCAGCGUUGGUAAGUCUGCCGCCAAAAUGAUCCAUACCAUGCAAAGCCAAAUGACAGAGUAUAUCAUUCUAGAGAAACAACUCAGCGAUUUGAUCAACGAAAAGUGCUCCUCUGAUGAUAAACUCAACGCGUUACUCGAGGAAGUCGACCACAACGGCUACCGAAAGCUUCCUGUGGUCCGGCUGAAUGUAGGGGGUGAGCUCUUCACCGUACCUGUGCAGACACUUCUUGGUGAGUGUCGAACCCGAUCCCGAAGCUGUGGGGCGACGGCAACGAAUGUUGAUGCCUUCGGCGCCGACGAGGGCGCUGCCGCCUCGGAGUCCUCCAAGGACGAGAACGCAAGUGCGCAACCCCCUUGCUCCUUCUUCCACGCCCUCCUUAACCCCCGCGAGGGCGACGACGACGAUGAGGUCGCCGCGGUUCGUGUCUUCACGGAUUCAACCGGUGCCCUUUUUAUCGACCGCGACCCUGAGACCUUUCGCCACGUCCUAAAUUACCUCCGCGGCUACACGCACUUCCAGAUGCUCGAGGAGGAUCAGCUGCGGCGGUUGAAGACGGACGCCCGCUACUACGGCCUCCCCGGGCUUUUAAGGCUUCUCAAAGACGGGGAGCUCGCGACGGAAGGGCAGUUUCAACCCGGCCCAGGCGUCAACCCGGAGCGAAAUCGGCUGCGCGUGAUGUACGGUGUCGCGGUGGUCGGCGAUGCGGUGUUGGUAACGGGCCGUCAUCGCAUCACGUAUGAGGUGAUCACCGCGGAUUACGUCGGCGUCGGCCUCAUCUCGGACUCCUGUGUGAGCAAGGAUCAAGAGUUUCACAAGACGUCGAACAGCUGCGUGUACUACAUGUCCGGCGUCUUUUACUCCAACUUUCCCUACCAUCGUAAGGAGGAGAAUCUAGAGAAGAUCGAGAACGGGGAUUUUAUUUCGAUUCUUGUGGAUAUGGACAAGGGAUUUGUUGAGUAUACAUUGAAGAAUUUUACGAAGAUGAUCUCAAUCGGUAGAGCGCGUCGCCUCCGUUUCGCGGUGACAAUGAAGGUUUCGUCGCGUAUCCGGAUCGUUCAGGAAGAUGAGGCGAUGGGAUUAUUAAUGCAUAAAAAUAGGCAGUGA